UACGUCAGAUUUCGUUAUCAAAAUACAAUAAAACACGAGAGUUUGCGGGGACUCCGCUUCCAGUGUCCCAUUAGGAGCCUCUCGGAUGUUUUCUACGCCCCCUACACUGAAAUCUUGAAUCCGCCCAUGGAAGACCACAACGGGGUUUCGUACUUUUUAACAAAGUCCAAUAGAUAACUUGUUGGUUAGUAUAGCCUGCAUCAUUUGCUGUUUCUCUCGGACUGUGUGCAUUGUAUGAAGUGGACAUGGAUAGCAAACUAGAACCCGUUCGUGACCCAAAGGACUUGUAUACUAAGAUAUUCAUCAACGAUGAAUUUGUGGAUUCCGUGAGCGGCAGAAAUUUUCCCACCAUAAAUCCAGCAACAGGGAAAAAGUUUUGUGAUGUGUCCGAGGGCGAUAAGGAGGACAUAGACAAGGCCGUGGCUGCUGCCAAGGAAGCUUUCAAAUUAGGGUCACCAUGGAGACGGAUGGACGCCAGUCAGAGAGGUCGACUUCUGUACAAACUCGCUGAGCUGUUUGAAAGAGACGCAAAGUUGAUUGGGAGUAUAAUCACACUAGAGAUGGGGAAGCCAUUUUUACAGGCUUACGGCGAAACCGUGUGGUCUGCAGGGAUUCUGCGUUAUUACGCGGGGUUGGCAGAUAAAGUCGGCGGCAAAACCAUUCCUGUGGAUGGAGACUAUUUUUGCUACACGCGACACGAACCUGUGGGUGUGUGUGGACAGAUUAUUCCAUGGAACUACCCUGCGUCGAUGUUCACGUGGAAGGUGGGUCCCGCCCUGGCCUGUGGUUGUACUAUAGUAGUAAAACCGGCCGAACAGACUCCUCUGUCAGCACUACAUUUGGCGGCACUAUGUAAAGAGGCUGGAUUUCCUCCUGGUGUUGUCAACGUUGUUCCUGGUUACGGACCCACGGCUGGUGCGGCUCUGACAGCGCAUCCGGAUGUGGACAAAGUCGCCUUCACAGGAUCUACCGAGGUUGGUAAGCUCAUUCUCCAAGCGGCUGGUGUAGCUAACAUCAAACGAACUUCUCUGGAACUCGGCGGGAAAAGCCCCAACGUCAUAAUGGAUGAUGCUGAUCUUGACGAGGCUGUCAGAUUUGCUCACGAAGGUGUGAUGGAAAAUGCCGGGCAGUGCUGUAUCGCCGGAAGUAGAACGUUUGUGCACGAAAAGAUAUACGAUCAGUUUGUAGCCAAAAGUCGUGAAAUGGCAGAGAAGAGGUUGUUAAAGACGGGCGAUCCGUUUGAUCUUAAAACAACACAGGGUCCACAGGUAGACGAGGAACAGUACAAGAAGAUCUUGGAGAUGAUUGAGUCGGGGAAGAAAGAUGGUGCUAAGCUUGAGAGCGGUGGCGCUGCAGUCGGAGGUGAUGGAUAUUUCAUAAAACCAACCGUUUUCUCCGAAGUGACAGACAACAUGAGAAUUGCCAAAGAGGAGAUUUUUGGUCCUGUCCAGCAGAUCUUCAAGUUUAAAACUCUGGACGAAGCCAUAGAACGCGCGAAUGCCACUCAAUACGGACUUGGUGCCGCCAUUUUUACCAAGAGUAUUGACAACGCCAUGAUGUUUACACAGGGCAUUCGGGCGGGAACAGUUUGGGUGAACCUAUAUAACUUUGUUACACCGCAAGCACCAUUUGGAGGAUUCAAAUUAUCCGGAUUAGGUCGAGAACUUGGUGAAUAUGGCAUGUCACUGUACCAGGAGGUGAAGACGGUCAUGAUGAAAAUUCCUCAGAAGAAUUCUUGAACUCUGUAUUCAGUUGACUUGGUAGUCUUUCAGUAGCGGAUGUGGAUUUAGACUUUCGGAAUGUUGAAUAUCAGUUUCCUUGCUUGAUACGUUGUCGCAUCUUUUGUAAAAAAAAAAUUGUGGUUGCUAAAGGUUAUGUAUAAUUAGGAUAACAUGAAAUAGUCAUAAUUUCUUAAGUUUAUCUAUUCUAGAGGAACCAGAAUGCAAGAUCGAUGAAUUAAAUUUGUUGAUUUCGAAAUGUUAAAAUGUCUUUAUAUAUAGUUGUCUACUUCCAAUACAUGGUGACAAUUUUC